AUGAGACUUUCUUUUAUGCAUAUAUAUAUAUAUAUUUGUAUUUUAAGUGAUAUCGUUGUGUUCACCCCAAAGAAACUUCACAACAAAUUCGAUCCCGAUGAGUUCAAGUAUGAUGGCAACUAUGACACGGAUAAGAUCAAAAACUUCCUUGUUCAUGAGACCGUUGGAAUGGCAGGCAUUCGUACUCAGGGCAAUCUAUUCCAAUUCGAGCAAAGACCACUUGUAGUUGUCUACUACAACGUGGACUACUUGAAGGAUCCUAAGGGCUCAAACUAUUGGCGUAAUCGUGUUCUGAAGGUUGCUCAGGAUUACAAGCGCAAGGUUCAUUUUGCUGUUUCGAACAAGGAAGAGUUCUCUACCGAAGUUGAUCAAAACGGACUGGCGGACCGUAAAGAUUCCGACAAGCCCAUCGUUGCCGCUAUCACUGACGAAGGGAAGUUCCCUAUGAACAAUGAGUUUAGCGUAGAAAAUCUCAAGGAAUUUGUUGAGGAGUUGCUUGCUGGUAAGCUUGAACCCUACAUGAAGUCAGAGCCUAUUCCCGACAAUACCGGUGCACUUAAGGUGGCCGUGGCUAAGAACUUCAAGGAGUUGGUGCUGGACGCAGAUAAGGAUGCGCUUAUUGAGUUCUAUGCUCCCUGGUGUGGACAUUGCAAAGCUCUUGCCCCCAAAUAUGAAGAGCUUGCAACGAAGUUAGAAAAGGAAGACGUACUCAUUGUCAAGAUGGACGCUACUGCCAACGAUGUACCGCCGCUCUUCGAAGUCCGUGGGUUCCCAACUCUUUACUGGUUGCCCAAGAAUCAGAAGAGUGAGCCCAUUCCUUACAAUGGUGGACGUGAAGUGAAAGACUUUAUCAACUUCAUCGCCAAACACUCCACUGAUGGACUCAAGGGCUGGUCUCGUGACGGCAAGAAGAAGAAGAAGGAGGAGUUGUAA